GCUCAGGAAUGGUGGAGGGGCUGGCAGAGUGACGUGGACAAUGGGGGAUGGGGCUUGAGAACCGUCAAACUGUGGAGAACAGCGUUCGAGGGGAAGGGGCCCCCCGGUUUGCUGGGUCAUCUCAGGGAACCUGUCACCCCCAUCUGUGCCUCAUUGCUCCCCAGAGCCUGAGGCACCGACCUUCAAAGAGGGACUACAGCGAACACUUACGGGGCGCCUACCCCAUGCUCCCAGCCCUGUCCCUCAGCCCAGCAGGGGAGGUGAGAGGGGCUCUUCUGACGAUUCCACAGGCCCAGUCCCGGUAACCCCAGCAAACUUCUGCUGCCAGCUCGGUGUGGCCACCGCAGAGGACAUGCCACAUCUCCAGCCCCUUCUAUGCCCAUCAGACAGAGGUGAGGACUGAGGUCUCAGGGGGAAAGGACCCUCCUGGGGGGACUCGAUACCUAGGCUUGGAGACAACUCCAAAGCCGAGGAGGCAACACGGGCCCUAAGAUCCUGUGGGGGCUCAGCCACAGCGGAGUCUGCUGGGGGAACUAGAGGCAAAGUGGGGCAGGCACAGAUCAAGAUAGUCUCAAGUGACCUCUCUCUGCCUCACCUCCCCCGACUCCAGUCUAAAACCAAAGCACAUCUCCUGGGGAGACUGAAGCCCAGAGAGGACUAGGGACCAGCCUGAGGCCACACAGCGAAACGCCUCCUCUCAAAGCUCCAGGUCUGAAUCCUGCAUAGCCCAGAGUCAAGGGGAAGAAGGGAGGAGUACAGCUUCAGGGCAACCCUUGGUGAGGAGCUGGGAUGCAGCAGCGUUCUUGGGUUUCAGCGGCUUCCUCGGGCCUCAGUUUCCCCGCCUGCUGUUGGGAAUGGGCCAGUUCAGAACAGACAAGAGGCUGACGCCAGGCUGCCUCCUACCCAAUAUCCGAGGCGUCUCUGUGUGGGUGGCAGCGACUCCCAGACAACUUCCCGUAGAGUUUAAGACCCCCUUCCAGGGGGGUUCCAACUCAGCCUCGGUCCCAGCCAUCCCCCUCCACCCACCCGACAACCUGUACUCUCCCUAAGUAGAGUUUAAAGCAAUGGGGCAGGCACAGCCUGAAGUCCCACCCCUGAAAGAAACUGGUCUCCUGGGCUGUGGGAAAGGGUCUGGGGGCAAGGCGGAUGGCCCAGGUGUCCGGAAUUUUUAUUUUGGAGAGGGAGUUUGGACCUUCUGACAAGCUGAAGGAACACAGAAAAACAGACAGAAGUGCGAUUUUGCAAAUGGGGCAGAGGCCUCCUUCAGUCACCACAGCCAUGAGUCCCUCUCUCCCUCCUCCCUCCUUCAACCCAAACCCAGAACCCCAAAGCCUCAGGGCACCCCAGUAACUCCAAGCACCUAUUCCGCUCCAGUCUAGGGGUCAAAGAUGACAGCCUCAGGUAGAGGAUGUCAAAGACCUCAGCGAGAGAGGGAGGGCCACAUGGGGGCGGGGGCGAGGGUCUGCGAAUCCCUCCCCCAACCCCAGGACGCCUGCGAAGGCUCCUAGCUUCAGCAUUAACCCGGCCGGGGCAGAGGUGGGGGUUCAUGACAGUAGCGCCCCCUCUGGGAGGUGCCCCAAACUCGGAGGGCGCCCACAGGCGGAGAGCAGGACAGGAGGGGCACGUGACCCCCGCCCCGGGGACCAAUCAGCGCCCGCGGGAGGGGGCCACACUCGGCGCCCCCCACCCAUCCCGGCGCGCUUGGAGAGAGACGUUUUCUUUGUCCUUUUGUCAGCUCUUGGGGGGCCCCGAACCCCCAGGCCCCCACUGCGGCGGGGGCCAUCCAAACCGGCCGGCCCUCCCCUCCAACACCACUGCGACCCCUGCCUCGCGGCCUGGAGCCGGGACUCGUCCUGUUCUGGGCUGGACAGGAGGCCGGAGAGGACUCGGGCGCCCAAGGUGCGGCGGCAGGACGCGAAGUGGGGCACGCGAAGUGGGGCGGAGGGGCCUCCCGGUGUCAGGACCCCCACACCAGCCCCGGGUCGCCUCGACUUGGCUCUCAGGACCCCGCCCCCCAACGCCACCCCCAACCCCCGACCAACAGGCCCCCUGCCUGCCCCGAACCCCCCACCUGGGCCCCAAUCCAGCUCCCCAGCGGCGCAGCCGCGAGCCCCAUUAUUGUGUCUCCUCCGGGGCCCCCCAGGACAAAAUCUCCACCCGCUGCGGUGCCGACAGAACCCCCAACCUAGCUGCACAUACAGGCCCCCAGUCAACAAUCCAAGCGCCCCCCCCACGUUGCAGUGCCAUUAGACACCCCCAUAAUGGAGCCUCAGGGAGCGCCCCAGGCCAAAAUCCAGCCCCUCCAAAGCGAUGCCACCGGACCCCAACCGGACCCCUCCAUACGGCCAGCGACCCCCUCUCCAAUCCGGUCCCCUCCCCAGUUGCGUGGCUGAGAGAUUCCUCCCCUCAUUCUAGCGCUCCCCAAACCCCCUCCCCAGCCCCAAAUCCGUCCCCUCCCAGUGGCAGGGCCCGCAGGCCCCCCAAUCCUAGCGCCUGA